AUGGUUUUUGAAGACGACAAACCUGAAGACAUCGACGCACUCCCUGAUUCCGCGCCGCAUCGCACCAUAGACCUAGCGAUUGUACGUCGACGGGAGAUCCUCGGCAGGCACGCUAAAAUUGCCAUUUUGAUGCCCCCAAUCAUUUACGGCGUCGGUCCCGCUGGCAGAUCGUCUAUCCAGCUCCCGACCUUAGUCCGGUACGCAUUGAAGCACGGCUACGCAGGCCAGAUCGGAGACGGCCGGUCAGUCUGGAGUCAGAUUCAUGUUAAGGACCUGGCACGAGGGUAUCUGACACUCCUAGAUUGGUUGGAGCGGACUCCUGCUGAGGAGGUCCUCCCGAACCCAUAUUGGUUCUGUGAAAACGGUAACGAGUUGUCGUGGAAUGAUUGUGUAGCGGAAAUUGGACGUGUACUUUACGAGGCGGGUAAGAUUGAGAGUUCUACUCCCCGAACUAUUCCUGUCAGUAACUACGGAGAUCUUUUUGGGAAGUGGUCGGAACCUGUGGUCGGGUCGAACUCGCGAAACAAGGCAAAUCGAUUACGGAAGUUGGGGUGGGAGCCUAAGGAGAAGAAUACUUUGGCUUCGCUGGCCGAGGAUGAAAUCCCUUUGAUUAUGCAAGAGACGGGUCCGUUUAAAGGUUAUGGCAAGGUUGUUGCUUCAUCAAAUUAG